GCUAUUCCAUUGUUUACAUUGAAAAUUGAAAUAUGGUUUUGUUUUUUCUUUGAAGACUGAUAUAUUGUUUUUUAAAUAAGGAAGAGACAAAAAGAACAUUAUGGAAUGUUCUAAUAUGAUGGAUGGUGUCAAAAAGACUAUUGUAUUUGCUGGAAAAAAUGGAUUUUCCGAUUUUCAAGACGGUUCAAAGAUUACUUUUCAUUUUACAACGCACAUAAUUGAUCAAAAUGGCGAGGUACAAGAAUGUAUUGAUGAUAGCAAGAAAAUUGAUCACCCUAUGGAAAUAAUUUUAGGAAAACAGUUUAAGAUGCCCAUUUGGGAAAAAUGUUUAGAAACCAUGAACGUUGGGGAAGUUGCAAAAUUUACAGUUCCAAAGAAUCUGGUGGACUCUUAUCCAUUAGUAUCAAAGAGUUAUCGUGAGUUUGCUGGUAUAUCAAAAAGUACUAAAGGUCAUUGCUGUGGAAUGAUGGCUUUCACUGAAGGAUUGGGACAUGCAGAUUUAGAUGUGUUGGUUAGAGAACCAAAGGAUUUGCAGUUUACUUUAGAACUUGUGAAGGUAGAACACCCUGGAGAAUAUAAAAAAGAAGCUUGGUCUAUGGAUCCUGAGGAGAAGCUUCGAACUGUGCCACAAUUAAAAGAAUGUGGAAACCAGUUGUACAAACAGCAGCAAUAUGAUGAAGCUUCUAAAAAAUAUGCUGAAGCUAUUGGAUUGUUAGAACAGUUAAUAUUGAGAGAAAAACCAGGAGAUAAAGAAUGGGUGGAGCUGGAAAAUCUGAAAAUUCCAAUUCUUUGCAAUUAUGCACAAUGCAAACUGCUGCUGAAAGAUUAUUAUCCUGUUAUUGAUGCAACAACAACAAUUUUAGAAAAAGACCCAAAAAAUGUUAAAGCAUUAUAUAGAAGAGGAAAGGCAUAUGUUGGAACUUGGGAUUUGGAUAAUGCUCAUAAAGAUUUUGAUAAAGUUGCUGAACUGGAUCCCUCUUUUAAAUCUGUCAUACAGAAAGAACUUAAGAAUCUCGCAAAACUCCAGAAAGAAAAAGAUGAUGACAUAAAAUCUAAACUACAAGGGAAAAUAUUUGGAGAUAAAAAGCCAACUGCUUAAGGAAAAAAUAUUUUUAUUAACUUAUAACAUAUAUAUUGGUAUUCAAAACUCAGAUGACUUUUUUUAAAACAUUGGAAGUGUAAUAACCUAGUUCAGGAGAAGGAAAUAGUAAUUCAAAAUUCAUUUAUUUAAUAAUGUCGAAAUUCAUUUUUAUUUAAUAUAUUUAAUAAUCAGAAACAACCAUAUGCUAUUAACUUUUGCUAUAAAAAGUUUUUUUAAACCAUACCAAAGGGAAAUACAAAAGUUAAAUGUCAAAGAUUAAUUUUAGAUAAGUGAAUUAUCCAAUAAUGACUGAAGCUGAAGCAACAAACUAUAUUAAUAUGAAACUGAAGGCAAUAUUUUUUAUUCUCAUAUUUACAUAAGUAUUUGUAAACUAAGCAUUAUGUCAUCAUAUAUUAAAAGACAAAUUUUAAUAUAUCAUUACAAACUAAAAAUGUUGGAUUUUACAAACAUCACACAUUCCAUCAUUCAAUUUCAUAUAGUAUCAAUAUGAAGCAUUAUUAUUAUGCCAUUUAUUUUAAAUUUGAAACUUUGGAAUACCAAUAUGUAUGUUUUGUACAUAAUUUUAUGAUUUUUAUUUAUAUGUAGAUAAUAUUAUAUGAAAU